UGGAACAUCUACCUUCGGAGCCCUUUCUUCUACUAACCUCUCGAAAUUUCCUCACUCUUCUCUUCUUCGUAUAUAUUUUCCCCUCUGUUUCUUCUCCACUCAUCAAAGUUGAUCCUGAGAAUCCUCAGUUUCUACUCGUUGCUACAAUCCUUUGCUUCGUACCUCGUUCCUCUCCGCUUCUUCAUUAAUCACAAACCCCACAUUUUACUAUUACUUCCUCGUUUAUCCGAGCUUUGUUUUCUUCCAAUGGCUUCCAAGACCGAGGGAAAGGCUAUUGGCAUUGAUCUUGGCACCACCUACAGCUGUGUGGGUGUAUGGCAGAAUGAUCGGGUUGAGAUCAUAGCCAAUGAUCAAGGCAACAGAACCACUCCUUCUUAUGUUGCUUUCACGGAUACGGAACGUCUUAUCGGAGAUGCUGCCAAGAAUCAAGUUGCUAUGAAUCCCCAGAACACCGUCUUUGACGCCAAGCGACUCAUCGGUCGGCGAUUCUCCGAUCCUUCUGUUCAGAGCGAUAUGAAGCACUGGCCGUUCAAAGUUGUGUCAGGUCCAGGCGACAAGCCAAUGAUCGUUGUUCAAUACAAAGGCGAGGAGAAACAGUUUGCGGCCGAAGAAAUUUCUUCCAUGGUUUUGACUAAAAUGAAGGAAGUAGCUGAGGCUUAUUUGGGUCAAACGAUAAAGAACGCCGUGGUUACUGUCCCUGCAUAUUUCAAUGAUUCUCAGAGACAGGCUACGAAAGACGCAGGGGCUAUUGCUGGGCUUAAUGUGAUGAGAAUCAUCAAUGAGCCAACGGCUGCUGCUAUCGCAUAUGGUUUGGACAAGAAAGGUUCGAGGUCUGGUGAACAGAAUGUUCUCAUUUUUGAUCUUGGAGGUGGAACUUUUGAUGUUUCGCUCCUCACAAUUGAAGAGGGAAUCUUCGAGGUGAAGGCCACUGCUGGUGAUACUCAUUUAGGAGGUGAAGAUUUUGAUAAUAGGCUUGUGAAUCACUUCGUCCAAGAGUUUAAGAGGAAGCACAAGAAGGAUAUCAGUACCAAUGCAAGGUCUCUAAGAAGACUGAGGACUGCUUGUGAGAGGGCAAAGAGGACUCUGUCUUCAACGACGCAGACGACAAUUGAGAUCGAUUCCCUCUACGAAGGUAUUGAUUUUUACUCUACAAUUACUAGAGCUAGAUUUGAGGAACUCAACAUGGACUUGUUUAGAAAAUGCAUGGAGCCUGUGGAGAAGUGCCUAAGGGACUCUAAAAUUGACAAGAGCAGAGUUCAUGAGGUUGUUCUUGUUGGAGGUUCUACGAGGAUUCCCAAAGUACAGCAGCUUCUGCAAGAUUUCUUCAAUGGUAAAGAGCUGUGUAAGAGCAUAAAUCCAGAUGAAGCUGUGGCUUAUGGUGCCGCUGUUCAAGCUGCAAUUCUGACUGGUGAAGGGAAUCAGAAGGUUCAAGACUUGCUUCUGCUCGAUGUCACUCCUCUGAGCCUUGGCAUUGAAACUGCAGGUGGUGUGAUGACAGUGUUGAUCCCGAGAAACACAACAAUUCCCACAAAGAAGGAGCAAAUUUUCUCUACAUAUUCUGAUAAUCAGCCUGGAGUUCUAAUUCAGGUGUAUGAAGGUGAAAGGGCAAGAACUAAGGACAACAACUUGCUCGGCAAAUUUGAGCUCACAGGGAUCCCUCCAGCACCAAGAGGAGUUCCUCAGAUCAAUGUGUGCUUUGAUAUCGAUGCAAAUGGCAUACUGAAUGUGUCAGCAGAGGAUAAAACGGCUGGGGUGAAGAACAAGAUCACAAUCACUAAUGACAAAGGAAGAUUGAGCAAAGAAGAAAUUGAGAGAAUGGUGCAGGAGGCAGAGAAGUACAAAGCCGAGGAUGAGGAGGUGAAGAAGAGGGUGGAAGCCAAGAACUCUCUGGAGAACUACGCCUACAACAUGAGGAACACUAUCAAGGAUGAAAAAUUUGCAGGAAAAUUGGAUCCAGCAGACAAGCAGAAGAUUGAGAAGGCAAUUGAUGAAGCUAUUGAGUGGCUUGACAGGAACCAACUGGCAGAGGUGGAUGAACUUGAGGAUAAACUGAAAGAAUUAGAAGGCUUAUGCAACCCAAUUAUAGCAAAGAUGUAUCAAGGUGGCGGUGGUGAUGUGCCCAUGGACGGUGGUGCAAGCAUGCCUAACAGUGGCCACAGCAAAUCAUCCUCUGGUGGUUCAGGUGCAGGGCCUAAGAUUGAAGAAGUGGAUUAAAUGUUCAAGGGAGUGCUACUCAAUUGAUUUUCCUCUCAUAAAAUCUGUCACUGGAUUUUAAACUGGUAGUGUCUUGUGCUGCGCAUGGGUAUAUUUGGGUCAGAUUCUGACAAGUUAUUGAAAGAAUACUCAAUAACUGCAUCUAAUGUUUCCCGUAUAAUUUUAGUUUUCGAAUAUUGUGUCAUUUGAAUGUUAUAGUACAUAUUGGCAAGAUGU